UGGAAGCACGGUCCGGGCACGAGCUGCUCGUUCUGCUCGCGAUAAAAUCGAUCCGCGUCUCAUCCGAAUCAGGCUGCCAGAACCGGCGCUCCCGAAGCUUUGCCAUCAGUGUCUCGCCAGCUUCAAGAUAUGUCAACUGCCACUGCUCCAAAACGCCCCCGGAGGAGGAAGUUGAAGUCCAAGCCGACGUUCGGCUUGACAAGCGGCGGUCCUAGUAGCUUGACGUCCAACAUGAAGGAAAGUCUACCGGAACUCUUCAUACGUCUUACGUUGAAGCAGAACUGUAACCAAGACGAGCGCCAGGGCGAUAUUCCCAGGAACGCGAAAGCAGCUACUUCCAAGUCCCAUGUGAAAGGUGAGCUUUUGGAUAAUAGCAAGCCUUCUGAGAGGAAGCGAUACCAACCUAAGGCAUCCAAGGUUGUGCAAAAUCGAACCAGCUUCACUGCAGAGGAGCAAGUCAUCAUACGCGAAAAGCCACAGCAGAAGGCUCUCUCCGAGUCAAAUGUGAUGGAUACUGUAAGACAGCUACGAAAAUUCCUGCAGGAGAACGGCCCAUCACAGGAGGAUGAUCUACUCAAAGCGCUGAGCCCCUCGAAGGCCCAGAAAAUUAUCAAAGUAUAUGGCACACUGACUGCCUUUUUGGAACGGUACCCAGGGUUUCGAGUGCUUCACGAGCACUUAUACUCAUUCAUCUAUUACCAAGACCCCAGUGACCAAGACGAUGAGUGCGACUGGUCAUCCCUAGUCCACGACGGAGCUAGUGCAGGGUCACGUGUGUCUACUACCAACGACAGUGGACGCCAGUACCCGGUGGCUCGUGACGACAAAUCUCGGUCUGUGCGUGCCAGCUCGUCGAGAAGCAGUUAUUACGAGGCCACCAUGUACGGCGACGUUAACGAACAAAACAAGCGCCGAAUGAAGAACGGCUCGACCCAAGUACCCUCCCUUCCUCGAUAUGAGUCACGAGCCCUGCAGGCGGUGCAGAAAACUUGUGAUGCCGAGGUCCAGACUCAAGGAUGGGACCCUGCCCGGUUCACCGAGUUGCAGUCGGCGCUGAAGAAUUGUGACGAAGAAAUUGCGGAGCUCAAGGCAAGGCUGAGAGCUCUUCAAGAGAGCCAUACCCUCGAGGCACAGCAGCUUUACGUGAAGAUCAACACGCUGCUCAAGAGAACACCACCAGCACCACCGCAGAAUGCGGCGGAUGCAACGAACAACCGCCCCGACAUGAAUGAGCAGAGGCCGACUGGCACGAAUGUGGCGGCCACCCAAGCCAUCUCGCAGCCGCCACGGUCAUUAAUGCGUCAGAGGGGUCCACCGCCUCGUCCGAAGCACGAGGUGAAGCCGCACGAACUUCCUGUUGGCACAAGGCCCCGUCCUGUGCCACGUCCUGUGCCACGCCCAGUGCCACAUCCAGUGGCACGUCCAGUGCCACAUCCAGUGCCACGUCCACUGCCACGUCCACUGCCGCGUCCACUGCCGCGUCCACUGCCACGUCCCCUGCCACAACCAUUGCCACGACCAGUGGCCCGACCCGUGCCCCGGCUAGUGCCGCGACCAGUACCUCCAGUCGACAAGAAGUUCAGCAGGUCGUCAAAGCGACCACUGUUGCCAAAAUUUCAUGAACUUCCCGUACGUAAGAAGCAGGUUGCUGGUACAUGCUCGGACGUCCAUUCCAUAUGGUCCGGCCUCGGAGAGACCUCUACGAAUAGCAAGGCGGAGCGCCAGAUCUCCAAAAUAGUGCAGAUUGUGAAGAAGUCACAGCCCGAUUUCACGGACCACGAAAUCCGCAGGCGUGUGGACCAGCUGCGCCGGUCACAGGGUGGCUUCUCACACUUGACCUUGAACGACAUUGCAGCGCUCAUGAUUGUCCGCCUCCAAGUCGAACUUCAGAAAAAGCACUGAAAGCAUUUGGAGGCGGCAGGACCAGAAAGAGAAACAGGAAGGAAUUCUCGUGCAGCAGCAAUACUACGGGGCACUGCAUGCCACGACGUUUAUUUUUUUUUUUGCGCUCUUCCCAUUUAAAAAAGUGUUCCUUCAUCAUUUUGCCUACUUUUCAUUUUUUCUGUGCAUUUCUGCAGUAAACUAUUCCUUUGCGCUCUUCUGUAGUA